UGAAUGGUUUGUGUCCGCCAUUAUGGACAAACAAAAAAUAUAUAUUGGCGUGGAAAUUAUGAACGUUAUUUGAAUCUACCUAUGAUGUCUAUAUUACAUCUUUACAAAUGAUGUUAAAGAAAAGUGUAUAAACUGUCGAUAGGCGUAUACAAGAGCCGUGGCGACGGCCUCAUUGUUGAGCAUUUAGGUUUUGAACAUCGUCAUUUCGAUUGUGGUGGUGUUCGGGUAAGAUGAGUAAAUUAUCGUUCCGAGCGCGGGCGCUGGACACCGUAAAACCAAUGCCAGUUUAUAGGGCUGAAGAGAUACCGGACCUUCCGGAUUUCGCAGCCAUAAAUAGGGCUGUUCCCCAAAUGCCAACGGGAAUGGAAAAGGAGGAGGAGUCCGAGCAUCACCUGCAGCGGGCAAUGUCGGCACAGCAGGUGUAUGGUGAGACAGGCCGGCUGAUUAUUCCAACCCCGGAUGUUUACGAAGACAUUGCCUGCUACGAAUGCCUUUACGAAUCGAACUACAAGCCUGCUAAGCAACUUAUUCACAUCCAGGGUUCAUUAAACAUGAUGGACCAGGAGAUGCCAGACUAUGAUAUGGAUUCCGAAGAUGAGACGUGGUUGAAUAAACAAAAGAAGAAGAUGGAAAUUACUCCAUUGCAGUUUGAGGAAAUGAUAGACCGACUAGAGAAGGGAAGUGGACAGCAGGUUGUAACAGACAAAGAAGCCAAGUUGUUGCUGAAGGAAGAUGAUGACUUGAUUUUAGCUGUGUAUGACUAUUGGUUGAACAAACGGUUAAAAAUGAAACAUGCAUUAAUACCUCAAGUAAAGACCGAAAAGAGGGACGGCUCUACGACCAACAACCCGUACGUGGCGUUCAGACGGCGGACGGAGAAGAUGCAGACAAGAAAAAACAGAAAGAACGACGAGGCCUCUUACGAAAAGAUGCUCAAACUCAGACGGGACCUUAGCAGGGCUGUGACAAUUUUAGAAAUGGUUAAAAGGAGAGAGAAGACGAAGCGAGAGCAUUUGCAUCUAACAUUAGAAAUUGUAGAGCAACGGUAUCAGAUGGGAGACUUUUCGGGCACUGUACUUGCGGAGGUGAACGCUCUAAAGGACACACGUCCCAGCUUCCUACCAUUUGUCAACCGGCAUGAUUGGAGAAUCAGGGAAUACGGCGUGUCACGGAAGAAGCGCGAGUACAGGAAGCGCAAGAGCAAGCAGCAGCAGGUGCAGGCUAGGGUAGAGCCGGAGGUGCCGUCCAUGCUACCGUACGACGAGGUCAGGGCGCUCUUCCCCGACAUAGCCUCCUCUGAUGACGAGAUGUCACCGGUGCACUCGCAGUCGGAUCUGGAUGAGGAUGCACCUGACGGCCAGUUCAUGUUUCGGCGAAAGAAGGGUUGCAGUUACCACGCUCCUCUCAUUGAGAAGCCAGGCAAUUGGCCGUGGUUUAGUCAAGAGGAUGGUGGGCUCGGUGACAAGCGGUAUAGGUACACCUGUGCGUCACUCCGCUACCCAUCACGUUGCAUAGGCAUGAGUCGCAGGAGGGUAGGCAGAGGGGGAAGAAUAUGGCUGGAUAGGGGAUACUCUCCAAUGGACGAUCACCUAUCGGCUCUCCCCACCAUGAUUGCGGAAGAGAAUGCAGAGCUGAGUAAAAAUAGAUUGUCAACCAACCACAGACUAGGAGAUUAUCAUCGAAGUAGUAAUUCAUGGAUGCAUUUUCGACCCAAAACACCUUCGCCAACAGACAAGCCUUCUUCGCUGGGUGUGACCUCAUCAUUGAGAAAUAGCCCGGUUACCCUGACAACCGUGUCAACUCCCGAGUUUAUGCUAGAGAGCUUUCAAACACAUCAGGCAGAACUGCUAGAGAUGCAACGCAAGCAGCUAGAACAAACACAAGAUGAUAAAAGCCCAGUCGUCGACAUUUCUCAGAACUUGGCACAUUCCCAACAACCAACUCUGCCGCCUCUACUGUCACGACUCACGCUCGAUUCCGCAACCGCUCAGUUUGCUGCGUCCGCGGUCGUGGAUACAGCGCCCUCUAGCGGCACGUUGGGUAGCAAUUUGUCGGCGGCGCCUGCGGCUGUGUCGGACAGACGACCGUGUGCAACGACCGUUAGCUUACAGAACGGACCUAGAGACGGACAUCUGCCAUCGACAGCGCCAUCUACGCCCGUGCUACAGCUGAAUUACCCGCUCUCGUUCUCGUCGCGUGCCUCGGUGCAGGCGGCGGCGACGGCGACGAUCGCAAACGCCGCCGCGACGCCGUCGCCGAACCACCCGGUCGCCGUGGUUACGAACGCGAUGGGUGGGUCGGCGGGGAUGCGGGUGCUGACGACGUACAAGCCGGCGAUGAAUCCACCUGUCGUUCCCGUCCUGAAGGUGGCGACACCGGCAGCCGGCGUGCCGGCGGACGCCGUCAGCAAGUGA